UCACCGCAGUCGUCGGUCUGGAUAAUUCCACAUGAGCGAAAAAUGGCGUUCACAUUCGCGGCCUUUUGUUAUAUGCUGGCGCUUUUGCUGACGGCGGCGCUUAUUUUCUUCGCUAUUUGGCAUAUAAUUGCAUUUGAUGAGCUGAAGACUGACUAUAAGAAUCCUAUAGACCAGUGUAACACUUUAAACCCGCUCGUCUUGCCGGAGUACCUCAUCCAUGUGUUCUUCUGCGUUAUGUUCCUGUGCGCUGCUGAAUGGCUGACGCUUGGACUCAAUGUGCCCCUGCUGGCCUAUCACAUCUGGAGGUAUAUGAGUCGUCCUAUCAUGAGUGGACCUGGUUUAUAUGAUCCCACUACGAUAAUGAACGCAGAUAUUCUGGCAUACUGUCAGAAGGAGGGCUGGUGCAAACUUGCAUUCUACCUCCUCUCGUUCUUCUACUAUCUUUACGGGAUGAUCUAUGUUUUGGUGAGCUCCUAAACGGGAUACAGCUGGAAAAGAGUACAUGAAGGCGUUUGAGAUGCUGAUUUUUAAAACUCAAAUGGAGCUGAAUUUGAACUCUGCCAUCUCUCUCAGUUCUGCUCGGCUGUUUCAAAUGGACAUCGACUUUAUUUACUCUUCAUCAGCAAAGAGCGAUUCAGGACACUAGCGGCCCACACAACUCUAGAACCACACAUGCAAAAAUAAAUGAUCACCAACUCCUCAAUACAACCUGUUUAGUCUUAUACACACGCCAGACUAAUGGCGAAGCACUUCACACACUGAAAGCAUCUGUAGAUGAGAUGAAGUGGUUUACACUAACUGCUUGACCAGAUUGUGUCUUAAGCAGAGGCGCAAGGGCUUUUAAAACUAUACCGCUGAUGGCUAUGAGCGAAGGUAAUACUCAAUGCGUUUUCAAACUGUGGGACAAAAUAAAGAUUUCGAUUGUAGCAUUUUUACAGACCUAUUUUAUCUUUAAUAUAUUACUGCCUUGUGGCUCAGUCACUUCUUUAAUUUGUCCUUCAGUAGCUUGUGCUGCUUUGGUGGUGAUUCACGAUAGUUCAAGUUUCUAAGUUGAAGUUUGCGGUCUGCUUCACGUUGGCAGUUCUUAUCAGAUUAAUGCUCCAUUUCAAGUGUUAACUUAAAGCCAUUGUUUAUGGUGUGGUUGGUAGCAGAUGGUGCUUUCAGCGUGUUGAAGGCUUUAUUUUGCUCAUACACUCUGGAAAUGCUCCACAUGUAACCUAUUUUGCUUUAUUGUGUGUGUGUUUUGUAUUUCCAAGUGUAAAUGUUUUAUUGAUUUUUCUUUUUUUUUUCUUUUCUCCGUUAUGUUUGAGAUAGCUGAGAUGAGCGUGGACACUAUUUAGGUUAUUUUGUUUAUGUUGGCAUGAUCGUGAUGUGCCAAGAUGUCUUUUUCUUUUAUCCAGUCACUGUCAGUAAUCAGGUACCGACAGAGAAGCUUCAGUUUGCGUCUGCAUUGAGUUAUGUGGAAGGAUCCUUAAACACACUGGCAGGCCAUGCAUUAAUUCCUAAUCACAAACCUGGACCAUCAGGGUGGUAUUAAACGUAAUCGGUUAUUUUUGAGUUUUUAUUAUUUUGAUUAAUGGUCUCAAACUCAAUUCCUGGAGGGCCGCAGCUCUGCACAGAUUAGCUCCAAUCACCAACUCACACCUGCUUAAUAGUCUCUAGUAGUCUUGAACAGCUUGAUUAGUUGGAUCAGCGGUGUUUGAUUAGGGUUGGCGCAAAACUGCGGCCCUCCAGGAAUCGAGGUUGAGACCUAUGAUUGAGUAUUUUGGAUUUUCCUCCCCUUUUUUGGCUUUUGUUUGUGAAUUCAGCUUGAUCUGUACGUUUGAAUGUUAUAAAGUCCUGCAAGAGCUGUAGUAAAUUUGUGUUUUUUUUGUCUUUAUUUUUUUUUUUUGCUUGUAAUAUUGCUUUAAAAUUCCCAAUAAAGUUCCACUAUAGACAAA